AUGGCGAAAUGGCGAUGGUAUAUUAGUUGGUUUAAUUGUGACAAAAAACCCGCAUAUGCAAUCAAAAGGGCAGGGUGCACGACGGGAUAUGGUCAGUAUGAGCCGGGCGUGAGACUCGGACGGAUGCACCCCACGGGCGCGGCCAGCCUGCCCGCCGCACCAGAGGCGGAGGUGCAAGCUAUGCACUCGAUGGACUGGCUCUUCAAGAAAGAAAGAAUAUAUCUGCUCGCACAGUUCUGGCAACAGGGAACAGGGCGCUGUUGGUGCGCCGAUUCGUCCCACUGA